UCUAUUAAGAUCGACAAAACAGCAACAGCUGAUCGGAGGAGGGGUUAGAUAAUAGUUUAUGGUUCCAUAUUGAUUGCAAAAAACAACGCGAAGAUGGCCCUGAGAUUUGUGGCGAAAUCCUGCAGAUUUUUGCUGCAGCACGGCGAUCGCCAGCUGUCCCACACCCGAACUCUUGCCCAUUAUCCUGUCAACGAUGCCAUGUUCGGGCUGGACGAGGAUCGGCAAAAGUUGCGCGAGGUCGCUUUCAAUUUCUUCCAGAAGGAGCUCGCGCCCUACGCCAAAGAGAUUGACAAACUGGACAACUUCAAGGAUAUGCGUCCAUUCUGGAGGAAACUUGGCGAUCUUGGGUUCCUGGGUAUCACAGCGGAGCCAGACUUUGGCGGCACUGGUGGCAGCUACCUCGACCACUGCAUCAUCAUGGAGGAGUUUUCGCGUGCGGCUGGCGGCGUGGCCCUGUCCUAUGGAGCACAUUCCAAUCUGUGCAUUAAUCAGCUCACCAAAAAUGGAACAGCCGAACAGAAGGAGCAAUAUCUACCGAAGCUGUGCAAUGGUGAGCACAUUGGAGGUUUGGCCAUGUCCGAACCCGGGGCCGGUUCCGAUGUUGUGUCCAUGAAGCUGCGCGCCGAACGCAAGGGCGACUACUACGUUCUUAACGGAAGUAAAUUCUGGAUCACCAACGGAUCCGAUGCGGAUACCCUGAUUGUGUACGCCAAGACAGGAGGCAGCGGUGUCGCAGACAAGCAUAGCAUUACCGCCUUCAUUGUGGAGACCGCCUGGGAGGGCUUCAGUGUGGCACAAAAACUGGACAAGCUUGGUAUGCGUGGCAGCAGCACCUGUGAGCUGGUCUUCCAGGAUCUAAAAGUGCCCGCCAAGAAUAUCCUGGGCAAGGAGAACAAGGGUGUCUAUGUGCUGAUGUCUGGACUGGACUUUGAGCGCCUCGUGCUGGCCGCCGGACCAGUGGGCCUCAUGCAGGCCGCCUGCGACGUAGCCUUCGACUAUGCUCAUCAGCGCAAGCAAAUGAACCAGUUAAUCGGCGAGUUUCAGCUCCUUCAGGGCAAGAUGGCUGACAUGUACUCCACUCUGAGCGCCUGUCGCAGCUAUCUCUACACUGUGGCCAGAUCUAGCGAUGCCGGAAACCGCAGCCCCAAGGACUGCGCUGGCGUCAUCUUGUACUGCGCCGAGAAGGCAACCCAAGUGGCGCUGGAUGCCAUUCAGAUCCUCGGAGGCAACGGCUACAUCAACGAUAAUCCAACGGGUCGCAUUUUGCGCGAUGCCAAGCUCUACGAGAUUGGGGCCGGCACCUCUGAGAUCAGACGCUGGCUAAUUGGACGCCAGCUAAACCAGGAAUACAAGUAACGCCUGCACUAUAAACUUUAAUAUGGAGCCAGAAACGCAUUUACGAUUAGGAUGGAAUUGGUGCAAUCUUAUGUGAAUUACGACCUGACAAGACUAUUACUUGCAUUUAUUACACAUUUUAAUGAAUUUUAUAUAUUUUGUAUACAAUAUACUCGAGUUUUAUGUGCCUUUAAAAAAAUAUACUAAGUGAGCUUUAAUGGUGUA